AGGUGCGCCCAAGGCGCAUCUGGACGUGAACUCUAGCAAAAAACGUUUUUUCUUACAUAAGGAAAAAUAUUUAUCUGUUUCUUUCUUUCUCCUCCCCAUUCCUCCCGACUAUGGAAAAAAACCCUUAACUAAUUUCUUUCACAUUCGUCUUUAAACUUAAAUAACGGCCAAAUGGGUUCUUUUGUACCUUUCCAAGACCUCAAUUUCUCCCCAGAACCACCCCAAACCACCAGCGUCACCACCUCUUCCACCGUGACAGCCAACAGCACCACCACCACGAUCAAUUUCUUGAUACCCAAAAUUGAACCAAAGCAAGAACCUUUUGAUGAACCAGCACCAACCCAGACCUCUUACCAACAGGAGAACCUACACUUUUCUCUUUCCAGUUCUACCCUUGACUUCCUUUCUAAUCCCGAAACUACCCCUCUGUCUAACGGUUCCUCUUCCACGGAUGACCAAAACGCCCUCUAUUCUGAAUACUUCAGAGUCUCCCAACUCUUCCGCUCCGCUUUCGCCAAAAGAUUACAAAAAUACGGCAACGUCGAAGUCCUUGACCCGGAUUCGCAGGCUAUUGUAACCUCCGAGACCACCUCAACCAACACCUCCAACCCUGACCAAGCUCUCUCCGUCGUCGUUUCACGUCGCAGGGCCGGAAGAUCCAAUGAGCUGGUUCGGGUGACUAAUUUGGGAAUUGAAGACGAGAGGCAUUUUCGGGAUGCUGUCCGAAGAACCCGAAUGAUGUAUGAUUCUCUCCGCAUUUUGGUCAUUGUAGAGGAAGAAAAGAGGAUGGGACCGGGGAAUGGGAGACGGGCACGUGGCGAUUUGAGGGCAGCCGCGGUGCUGAGGGAUCGAGGGCUGUGGUUGAAUCGUGAUAAAAGAAUUGUGGGUGCAAUCCCAGGUAUUGAAAUUGGUGACUUAUUCUUUUUCAGAAUGGAGCUUUGUGUGAUGGGGUUACAUGGACAAGUCCAAGCCGGGAUCGAUUACUUGCCUGGGAGCCAGAGCUCGAAUGGAGAGCCAAUUGCCACCAGCAUUAUUGUUUCUGGUGGAUACGAGGAUGAUCAAGAUGCUGGUGACUCGAUAAUAUAUACUGGUCAUGGUGGACAAGAUAAGUUUUCACGGCAAUGUAUGCAUCAGAAGCUUGAAGGAGGGAACUUGGCACUAGAAAGGAGUAUGCAUUAUGGAAUUGAGGUAAGAGUGAUUAGAGGGAUUAAAUAUGAGAAUAGAGUUUCAAGUAAAGUUUAUGUUUAUGAUGGUUUAUAUAAGAUUCAUGAUUGUUGGUUUGAUGUGGGGAAGUCAGGUUUCGGGGUUUAUAAGUAUAGGUUGUUGAGAAUUGAUGGGCAACCUGAGAUGGGUAGUUCGAUAAUGAGGUUUGCUGAGAGUCUUAGAACUAGGCCUUUGUCUGCUAGGCCAGUGGGGUAUUUGACUCUUGAUAUUUCCAUGAAAAAGGAGAAAGUUCCAGUUUUUCUGUAUAAUGAUCUUGAUAGUGAUCAUGAUCCUAUGUAUUAUGAUUAUCUCGUGAACACUGUGUUUCCCCCAUAUUCGUUUAGUCAGGGGAGUAAUGGUACUGGAUGUGAGUGUGUUUCAGGGUGCACGGAAGGGUGCUUUUGUGCUAUGAAGAAUGGGGGUGAUUUUGCCUAUGAUCAUAAUGGUUUGCUCUUGAGAGGGAAACCACUGAUAUUUGAAUGUGGGAAUUUCUGUCAAUGCCCACCUACUUGUCGGAACCGUGUUUCACAACAUGGUUUGAGAAAUAGAUUGGAAAUAUUUAGGUCAAGGGAAACAGGUUGGGGAGUUAGGUCCUUGGACUUGAUACAAGCAGGUGCUUUCAUAUGUGAAUAUACAGGGGUAGUUCUCACUAGGGAGCAAGCUCAAGUUUUCACAAUGAAUGGUGAUACUUUAAUUUAUCCCAGUCGCUUUUCUGAAAGAUGGGCAGAAUGGGGAGAUUUGUCUAAGAUAUUUGCAGAAUAUGUGCGGCCAUCAUAUCCCUCAAUUCCACCUUUGGAUUUUGCAAUGGAUGUAUCAAGGAUGAGGAAUGUUGCUUGUUAUAUGAGCCAUAGUUCCAGUCCCAAUGUCUUGGUGCAGUAUGUGUUGUAUGAUCACAAUAACUUGAUGUUCCCUCACCUUAUGCUUUUUGCAUUGGAGAAUAUCCCUCCUAUGAGAGAGCUUAGUAUUGACUAUGGUGUGGCUGAUGAAUGGACUGGGAAGCUCUCUAUCUGUAGCUAAAUAGUUUAGAGGAGAUUUUUGGAUUUUGAUGUGGUGCAGCAGGGCAGUGAGACAUGAUGCUAUGAGGUGAGCUUACUUUUAGCUGCUGCAAGCAUUUCCAGUCAUACAUAAGUUUUAAAAUCAUAUUAGUUUUUGGUAUAGCCGUCUUAUGUUUAAAUAUUGCUUUUGAUUUAUGUCUCUCAUAAUUUGUUGUAGUAUAGUUGUCUGCCCUAUUACCUGAUUGUAUAGGAGAAUUAUUCCUCAUUUCCUUGUGCAGCUUCAUGCUGUACACAUCAAGUAGUCAUCCAUAUACAGGAGGAUGGAACAUUUAACAUUUCCACAGUGCUCGAUGGACCUUAUUCCCUUGCAGUUGCUUAUCUAAGUACAUGCUUUGUUUUCUGCAGUGCAGUGUACUUCUUAAUGUAAUAUAUGUUUUUACAACUGGUUCUUUGAAUUUUUUGGUCCUCAUCAUUCUCUUUGAUUGCUGCAAAUAUGACAAUGGGAUCAAAUAAGAUUUGGCCAAUCUGCUGUCAUGAUUUUACGGAUAUAUUUCUUGCAUUAGUUCCCCAGCAGUUAGAAAAGAGGGAAAUUGCUGAAAGGAAUUUUGGGAGACUAUUGUUGCUGCUGCAGCGUUUUACUGAAGCCCUUUCAUCCAUGGAUUUCCCCAGGGAAUAGUCACCGUAUGCAUUUGUAAGCUUGUACUCACGACUCAAAACUCUUAUUAACUUGUUCUUUCAAAAGUUUUCCUCUCGACCCAUUGUAUAUAUGAGGUCCAAAAUGGACAUUGUUGUACAGGAAUUGUAUCACUGUAUUUGUAGGUGAAUGAAGAAAGUCCAUGUAAUCUCCAAUGUAUCUUUUCUUUUUACCCUUCCCAUAUCGGUUGAAUUGGAGACUUAGGGCAAGAAAAUUUGUUUUCAGGUUAAGCCAUUGGCAAAGUAAUGCCAGUCGCUAGCUUGUUGAUGUAUCUGCUACUCUUAUUAUUUUUUUAUUACAGUUAAUUGUAAUAGGUUUUUUUUUUUUUUCCUUCAAAAAG